AUGUGGUAUUUGCGCUACUGUGGAGUGUUUCGCGAGAAAAGCGCGCUCGGUGGAAUCCGGCUGAGCGUCUGUCUCGGUGUCCUGGUCGUGUUUAUGGUGCUGCAGUCGAUCUACAUAUUCCAGCACGUGCACCACUUCGCCAUGAUCUGCGAUGCCAUACCGACGCUGGUCGUCUGCAUGGUGGCUAUUUCCAAGUUCUACAUCUUCGUUUUCCACCCGGCCGCCCUGUUCGCGCUGAUUGAUUCGUUCAAAGCGCUGCAGCGGCGGGCUAGCAGGGAGGACUUGCUGCUGUUUCGGCGCAGCGGAGCGUUUCAUGCGAAGCUGACGAAAAUCUACAUGACAUCGGCACUGAUUGUGGGUUGGUUCUACAUACUAAGUGCCAUCGUCUCAGGAAUCUCGCGGUCGUUGGCGGAAGGACGGGUCCAUUUUGUAGCACCGAUGGCUGUGGAUUGGUUUUGUUUUUUCUUCUUUCCCUUCCUUUUCAAAACUAGCUUUCCCCACAACUAUCAGCAUCCGCUCAUGUUUGCGUUAACGUUCCUGUUCAACUGUGACUCCAUACACAUGAGCAUCUUCAUUAGCGGAAGUGUCGAUACGUGCUUUUCCGAGCUGGCGACGAGCGUUACGAUCCACUUUCAGCUCAUCCAACGCCAGUUCCAGGCAGUUGACUUUGCGGCUCGUACCGCCGAAGACGAACUGGAGGUCGUCGUGGCGUACCAUAAGGAUGUGCUGCAGUUGUGCCUGGCCAUGACGAACCUCUUCCAGUACACCGUGUUCUACCUAUUGCUGCUAGACUCGGUGCUGCUCUGCGUGAUUGGCUAUCAAUUUGUGAUAUUCAUGAACACGCCGCGUGUCCUUAUGCUGGCGUCGAUGGCGUUCGUUAUGGUUUUACAAGCGGUCAUAUAUUGUUACCACGGUUCCAUGAUGUACGAUGAGAGCUUGAAGGUGGCGGACGCGAUUUACCAGAGCAAUUGGUACGAGGCUCCACCGGCGGUACAGAAGCGGCUGCGAUUAUGUAUCAUGCGAGCCCAGAAGCCUAUCGUCACCAAAGGUGGCUUCAUAAAGGCCACCCUGCCCACACUGAAGAAGAUUUUAAACUCAACGGGAUCAUACAUCACUAUGCUGCUCUCCUUAGAGACGGAGCAGUAGCAGCAACAGUGAGCAGUAGCACAGCAACGGUGGGCACACUCAAGGGAGUAACACCUCAGUCACAGUGUAGGCCAAUUGUGGGGAAUAUCCCUCGGAGGCACGGCACGUUAGCCCGUGUGGCACAGCUUGCAUCAUUUAACAAGCAUUUCGUGCUCUACCGGAACACUAAUGUGGUUGAUAUGUUGUUGAACACCUUUCGUAGCCGCAUAAGCAUAGCCGUGAAAUGCAAAUAUUUAUUCUUACAAAAGGCGAUAAAAACCUGUCUGCUCGUUAGUUGUUUGAUUAAAGCUUUUGACGCACAGCGUUCGUUUCACGUUGAAUUUAGAACUAUUCACUUGUGAGCAAGAAAGAUUCAAGGACCAAAACGGUCCACCGAUGAGAAUAAAUCGAAUAGAUAAAAAAGUUGUGAAUGGUUUGGCUACUUGUUUGGGGAUGUUGCGAAGUUGUUCUAAGCACGGUAACGAUGGUGCGAAAGUGCAGCAAAUGAAGUCAACGUAAAUCGCUUUGGUCAUUAAUAUUGUUCACAUCGGUGUCUACCUUGAAAACAACUUGCAGUUCUCCAACAACUGCAGAACGUAUUCAAAAAGGUGGAGAAAACUGCAUUAAGACAACUGAGUACCAUGCGCUGUUCCUUCCUUAAACUUGCAAAUAGUGCCACUGCCCCGAAGGAAUUGCUUGGAAAGAAACUGCUUCUAGAUAAGAUCGGUAAAUGAUGACAUCGCUUUCGUAACUAAUUUUAGCAUUGUGUUUGCGGUUCUG